CGACGUCGCCACCAUGGACACCGUCAACAAAGCGUUAGCCAGCUUGACUGGCAAUGAGAUCGCCCUUUCGCUCGCUGUUGUCCUGUUGGUCGCGAUUGCUCGGUCGUCCGCGAAGCGCAACGAUGGUCCGCCCCUAGUUCCCUACCUUGUGCCAUGGGUCGGUUCAGCAGUCACGAUGGGGAAGGACCCAGACGCCUUCUUUACGAUGGCAAAGGAGAAGUUCGGCGCCAUGUUCGCAGUCAAGUCCAUAGGCCAAAAGCUGACCUACGUUACGGACCCUGCGCUCAUUUCAGCCGUAUACCGAGACCCGAAGUCCUUCGAAUUCACCCCCAUUCGCUUGGACAUCUCCCAGAAGAUAUUCGCUCUCUCGCACGGCGUGUGCAACGACGGAUGGAUGACGGGCGACUACUUCUCAAUGCACCACCGGGCUCUGUCUCCAAGCGGCAUCCAACCCCUCUUAGCGUCCUACACCACACACGCUAUAUCAUGCAUAUCUGAAGCAUUGUCCGCAUUACCCCCAUCCACCUCCGCCGGCUCAUCCCCCUCCUGCAAGACAUCCCUGGCCCCUCUCAUCGUGCCGCCUGCUUUCUACUCCGCCGCCCACACCUUCUUCGGCGCGUCCUUCCCCGCGAAAGACGUUUACGGCGACUUUCGCACGUUCGACGGCUCGUUCCACCUCAUGCUCGCCGGCGCCCCCAAAUGGCUCGUCUCGGCGCCGCACGACGCGUACGCGCGUAUCCUGGAUAAAGUCGAGCGCUUCCUUGACGGCCCGCACGAGGACGUGUGUCAACUGAUGCACGACACGGAGAUCGGCGCGAGGGCGCAAGGAUGGGGCAAACGUGACAUCGCUGCGGCCUUCGCAUCCGACCUUUGGGCGCUCGAGGCGAACGCGAUCUGGGCCGUAUAUUGGGUCAUCGCGCUAUGCCUUCAGCAGUCUCACGGGCUCGAGCCGCUCGUGAAAGAGCUUCAGGAGGCCCGCGCUGCGUGGUCCGCCGCAAACCCUUCCUCACCCUUUCCCUCCGACCUCUUGGAUCCAAGCGCUGCGGUCACCAUAACCUCGUUCAUCGCGACGUCUUCACUCCCUCUUCUUACCUCCUCCAUAUACGAAGCGUUGCGCUACGCCACGUCAUCGUUCUCCAUCCGCCGUGUCACGCGUGACCUCGUGUUCCCCACCAAUCCCGAAGCGUUCGGCUUGGAGCGCUCGUACUCGUUUACGGAGGGCGAGAGGAUUGUGUGCGCCACGCGGGCGGUGCACCAAGACAAGGGAAUUCACGACGAUGCGGAGGAGUUCAAGUUCGACAGAUACGCGGGGUGCAAGAUGAACGAGGGCAAGAUGGGAAGAAGCCAGUUUUUGCCGUUCGGAGGAGGUGUGUCGAUGUGCGAGGGCAGGCACUUCGCGUUGGGAGAGAUCAAGACGUACCUUACGAUAUUGCUGUUAUCGGCUACGUUUGAGGUCGAUUCUGGUUCGUCCGCAAGACCCGUCCUCUUGAAAGAGCGAAUCGGGGUGGGAAUCAUGCCUCCGAAGGGCGACCUCGAUGUCAUCGUCCGACGGAGGGAAAACUGAAACACAAUCACGUCUGCGUGCUAUCCUUGCUAUCGCGAGCAUACCCCGCGCUUUUUGGGCCCACGGAUACGUGACCUUAGUGGUUAAAGACUCACCUCAAGGCAGUCGAAAGGCUCGCACGACGUUUGUUACGUAUCCAUACUUCAUGGUUUCGUGGACCAUCCCGCCACUAUCCCCAUUGACCGACUUCUUUAUGUGCUGGACAGGUGUUGUUUUACUCAUCGGAACGUUGAACGUGCGAUGUUGUUCUGAUUGAAUAGAUUGUAUGGAUCAUUCAGAGGGC